AUGUUGACCUCCGUCUCCACUCUUCCACCCCGGACAAGGAUGAGCCUGUCCCACGCUACCAGCGCACAUGCUCUCGGUUCCGCCGUGCCGUCUCUACUUCAUCGACAACGGCAAUAUCAACAAGUUCGAGCGUUCGGUUUCGGCUGGUGGGCAAAUAGUAUUGAUCGUGAUCAGCACCGGGAAGCCCGCCGCCGUUUCCGAGCCCUUCACCACAAGCAACAUGUCGAGGCUUUCAGCCGCAGACUUAUGUGGGAGCAGCAAUUGAAUUCGGACGAAUCUCCUAGUGCAUUCAAACGCUGCGGUGGCCGGCAUUCACAGCCAAAGCGGUUCUUCGCCUUUGGCAAACACGGUGGUAGAGAUACAUUUGGCCCCGACGAGAAAACGACAGGGUCUCGGUCCGGACAAGAAUCUGACAAUGCAAGGCCCGCCGCCUGGGGUGACUUUCUCUUCCGUGACAUACAGAACGGCAAAGCAGCCCCAAGACAGCCGCAAAAUUCUUGGGCGUCACCGUUUGACGACAUCUGCAGCUAUGUCUCUCGUCACGCUGAAAUCCUGAAAGAAGUCGGUCUCGGCUCCUCCAGCCAAUUUCCUCCCCAGACAACAAAAUCCGGAGAGGAUGACUAUUUCAUCGAUCCUAUCACAAACAGAAAGGUCUUUAAGUUAUCUAGCAAGAAAUCUCCCGAUGAAAACGUCUCUACCUCAGGCAACACGUUCAAUUCCUACAGGUCGCGAGUUCCUUCGCCCACAAGCGCCAAAAAAUCUGGUGCAUCCGUUACAAAGAAGGCAACAGGUGCAACUGCAUCUCCUGCUUCUGACCAAACAUACGACGCCGAUCUUCCUCCGACGGCCGCUGAGUUGCGUGCCUACCAGAAAGUGAUGAUUGAUAGCAUUGCGUCUAAACCAGUGCAAAAGAGCGAAGAAUACGUGCGCCAAAACCAGCCCGACCUUUCUGCUAUAUCAGACAGCAGCGACGCCAAUUAUAUGACCUGGAAGUACAAGGGGACUUUCUGGGGUCGUCAGCCUGACCAGGUGGAACAACGUUCAUCACCCAAGUACAACGAUCUUGCCAAAUACGCGCCUAUUGUCGAUGAGGUUUCCGCCCCGACUUCUCAAGGCACAGCUUCUCCUCGAUAUGAUGACCUACAAAAAUAUAAAACGGUCCAGUACAAUGAGCCAGAUGGCAAGCCACUUGUUUCGGAAGUUUCCGAAUCUUUCUACGACCCGGAUGAGUUGGCAAAGUACCGGCCAUUGAAGUGGAAUGAACCAGAUGGCAGAGCGUCGGGCCAUUGUAACCCAGCACCCUCCUACAACACAGCUGAGCUAGACAAGUACCAGCCCUUCAUGUGGAAUGAGCCCGACGGCCAGCCGACCACUCCUGUUGAACCGGGACACCAUGGCUACGAUCAGGCUGAACUGCAGCAGUACAAGCCUCUGAAACACAACGAACCAGAUGGGAAGCCGAUCUCCAUAGACGAAGAGAACGGUCAUAAUUUUGGAUACGAUCUGAAGGAGGUGCAGCAGUACGAACAAGGUGUCAAGUGGAAUGAAUCGAACGGAAAUCCCACUUCAAACAACGAAAGUACUGUUGAUUUUUCUGAGCUGGCUUUCCACGGGGCUGUGAAUUACGAGGAGCCGUCUAAUUUGCAGUCAGCGGCCCCUGUGGAUUCUUUAACUGAAAGCCUGAGGCAAUCUGAUCAGGAGUCACGCAGCAUGGAUAAGGCUUCGGAUGAAGCUUGCUCGAAGAUUCUCCACCAAAUUAGCAGUCUAGGAAAUCUUGAUGACGAGGAACUUUCUCUGCGCAACGGUUCCCGUCCCAGUGGUUCUAUUCCGGCUGCAGGCCAGCCGUCCAAAAGCAAACCAGAGAGAGAGGAGCUAGAAUCGGCAAUGACACGCAUGAACGCAGAAGCGGACGCCAUUGACAAGAUGGCUAGCAUAACCAUCAAGUCAAAGCAAAAACGCUCUACGCAACACAUGACCAAGACGCAACGACGGCAAGCUGUUCUUGACCCGCACUCGACACAGCCUCAAGGUCUGGAAACGUCCUACGCAGAGGAAUGUCAGGGAAUGACGACAUGGCCGACAUUUGUCAAGAGCUACAGCAAAAAGGCCAAGACUGGUUCUGUGGCCGUGGAAGAAGCAACUGCACCGCCACCAGAUGAGAGCAACACUAUGUACAAGAUCUUAGCAUACGAUCCGGCAACGCAGGCGAUCAGCACUGCUGAGACCGCAUCAACAGUGCAUGCCACGGCCGUACCGCUGACGCCAGCCGAAGCGCUUCUGCGACUGUCGCACCCGACCAAGUUCUUCCCGCACUUCCGGCCUCUGGAGGCCCAGGGCUUCGAAAUUGCGUCGGGCAGCGGCGACGUCCUCGUCUUCCGCAAGUCGCGCGGGGUUAAGCAGGCAACGUCGGCCGUCAACCCCAUCGACAAAACAGGCGCCCGGGACACGUCUCCCACAUCGCCGAUCAAGUCGGCGUCGCCUUCUGGCUUCUCCAACCCAGAUCCGUUGCUGCCUCUGGAGGAAUCUGCCACCGCUGCGGUGACUGUCGCCGAUCUGCCCACAACGCCCAAGUUCCGAUCGAACAUUGACGUCCGGCGUGAAGAACCCGUGUUCAGCGGGGCCAAGGUGAAGGCGAACAAGGCGGACGAAGAUGAGAAUUCGAAGAAACCGGGCAUCGCCAAGCGCAUGCUUGUCGGCGCUACCUGGGUGGCCGGUGUGUCAUAUGUACUGGGACUGGCGGGUGAGCAGCUGACAGGCGCCGGUAGCAGCCCGAAGAAUUAA